GGAACAGCAGGUCCAGGCGGGCAGCGCUGUCCAGUGCCUACCUUUCUGCAGUGCUGGAAUCCGCUUGUCUGCAACCGUCCGCGUUGGGAGCUGCCAGCCACAUGUGGCUGUUGCUAAUGUGGCAGUCUCUGCGAUACGAUACCAGCUAUUUUGUGGAGUAUUUUGCCUUGGAUCUCCUGAUGGAGGACGGGGAGUGCCGUGGUGUCAUCGCACUGUGCAUAGAGGACGGGUCCGUCCAUCGCUUAAGAGCAAAGAACACUGUUGUUGCCACAGGAGGCUACGGGCGCACCUACUUCAGCUGCACGUCUGCCCACACCAGCACCGGCGACGGCACGGCCAUGAUCACCAGGGCAGGCCUUCCUUGCCAGGACCUAGAGUUCGUUCAGUUCCACCCCACAGGCAUAUAUGGUGCCGGUUGUCUCAUCACGGAAGGAUGUCGUGGAGAGGGCGGCAUUCUCAUUAACAGUCAAGGCGAAAGGUUUAUGGAGCGAUACGCCCCCGUGGCGAAGGACCUGGCGUCUAGAGAUGUGGUGUCUCGGUCGAUGACUCUGGAGAUCCGCGAAGGAAGAGGCUGUGGCCCUGAGAAAGAUCACGUCUACCUGCAGCUGCACCACCUGCCUCCGGAGCAGCUGGCCACGCGCCUGCCCGGCAUUUCAGAGACAGCCAUGAUCUUCGCCGGUGUGGACGUCACGAAGGAGCCGAUCCCUGUCCUCCCCACCGUGCAUUAUAACAUGGGCGGCAUUCCCACCAACUACAAGGGGCAGGUCCUGAGGCACGUGAAUGGCCAGGAUCAGAUUGUGCCUGGGCUGUACGCCUGUGGGGAGGCUGCCUGUGCCUCGGUACAUGGUGCCAACCGGCUCGGGGCAAACUCGCUCUUGGACCUGGUUGUCUUUGGUCGGGCAUGUGCCCUGAGCAUCGAAGAGUCAUGCAGCCCUGGAGAUAAAGUCCCUCCAAUUAAACCAAAUGCUGGGGAAGAAUCUGUCAUGAAUCUUGACAAAUUGAGAUUUGCUGACGGAAGCAUAAGAACGUCGGAACUUCGACUCAGCAUGCAGAAGGUGCGGAUUGAUGAGUACGAUUACUCCAAGCCCAUCCAGGGGCAACAGAAGAAGCCCUUUGAGGAGCACUGGAGGAAGCACACCCUGUCAUAUGUGGACGUCAGCACUGGGAAGGUCACUCUGGAAUAUAGACCCGUAAUCGACAAAACUUUGAACGAGGCUGACUGUGCCACCGUCCCCCCAGCCAUUCGCUCCUACUGAUGAGACAAGAUGCAGUGAUAACAGAAUCAGCUUUUGUAAUUAUGUAUAAUAGCCCAUGCAUGUGUCCAUGUCAUAACUGCCUUUAUACGCUUCUGCACUCCGGGGAAAAAGGAGUACAUUGAAGGGAGAUUGGCACCCAGUGGCUGGUAGCUUGCCAGGAACCCAGUGGCCAAGGAACGUGGCACUUACCUUUGUCCCUUGCUUCAUUCUUGUGAGAUGAUAAAACUGGGCACAGCUCUUAAAUAAAAUACAAAUGAACAAACUUUCUUUUA